UGUCAAGUCAAAUGUCAUCUUCAUCAGAUUGAUUGGUUUACUAACGCAACUUCAAAAUUAAAGCUAAUGUGAUGAUGUAAAAUCACCUUAUUUACAUUUGCUCAGUUAAGGGCUAACUUUUAGAUAAUUGUAUACUAAUGUAAUUAGACAAUUCACAACUUAACAGAAAAGAUUUUUCAAUUCAUAAAAAUGGACCUGCACAAACCUGUAGACAUGGGAAAUCGGACCAUGGACGAACUUACUGUUGAGGAGAGAUACAGGCUAGAACAUCAGAAAAUACAUGAACAACACAAGGGACAUGAAAAGAUGCAUGCAGAAAUGAUUAUAGUUUUAAUUAUUACAUUAAUGAUAGCCCAAUUGUGCCUAAUAGAGUGGAAAAAGCGACAUUAUAGAAGCUAUUCUCUUAUAACUUUACUCGGAAUGUGGCUUGUACCUUUAGGACUCUGUUUGAGGAGUCAUUGGUGGAGGUUUAUUUUUAUAUGGCUAUUAUUUUCUAGUAUUACAAGCUUAAUUGUUAGAAAAGCCAUUCAGAAGCCUAUAGAAAGGACAACCCCUAGAUUGGUAUACAAAUGGUUCCUACUUCUUCAUAAGCUAAGUUAUGUGCUUGGCCUUGUAGGCUAUAUAAUAAUGAUGGCAACCUUUUUUGGACUAAAUUUUGUAUUCAAUGCGAAACCUAAUAGUUGGAUGGACUGUGCAUUAUUGUUAAUAUUUUAUGGAGUGUACUAUGGUGUACUAGGCAGAGACGUUGCUGAGAUUUGUGCUGAUAAAAUGGCAGCUCAUAUUGGGUAUUAUUCUCCACAAGGGAUAAGUACACGAAAUUUGGAUCCUGGUGUAUGUGCAGUGUGUGGAAAUAAAUUAUUAGUUGCUGAAGAUGAAGAAGGUGUUAUAGAAAAUACUUAUAAAUUGAGUUGUCAACAUGUAUUUCAUGAAUUUUGUAUACGCGGAUGGUGUAUAGUAGGUAAAAAACAAACUUGUCCCUAUUGUAAAGAAAAAGUUGAUCUUAAAAAGAUGUUUUCCAAUCCGUGGGAAAAACCGCAUGUACUUUUUGGACAACUCUUAGAUUGGAUAAGGUGGUUAGUCGUAUGGCAACCCAUGAUUCUAUUUCUAGUGCAAGGAAUAAACUGGGCAUUGGGACUGGAAUAACAAGACUAAGAAUAAAAUCACGAUAAUCUGUUCACUUAUGUAAUUUUUCUUACCAAACUUGUGAUGUUGAAUUAUUUAAUAUAAAAUCAUAUUACAAUGCGAA